CUAAAUGCUUGUGUGAUGUUUCCUGUCACCUGCAGAUGGACACUGAUGUGGAGGCGAGCAGUGAAAUAGAUGAAAUCCUCCAGCAGAUCUCAGAAUUGGAUAAAUGGAGAGAGAUAUUUAACUCCGGCGGGUACGCACACUCGCACACAUGCUGUCUGCUGUCUUCUGCCGCCCAGCAUGUUUACUCAGCUGUUUUUACCUUUCAGGUGGCUGUAUUUCAUUUCACCCAUGACAUGCAGUCAGCCAAUCCGAUGAGAGUAUGCGUGUGCCUGCGUGGCUGCAAUCCUCUCAACAAACUCAGUAUCAGACUGGAGGAGAGGGGUAUUAGUAGAGUGCAUGUAAAAGCCAUCAUGACGGAUUAUCAGGACCUUCUGCAAACCAUCAAGAGUUUGCAGCACUCCAGACUGAGCUACAUAGAGCUUCUUCAAGAGGAGGUGAAGAGAAACCAAGAUAAGCCUAGUGAGAAGAUCAAAUCUGACGAGGACAGUGACGACUCCUCUAGACCUGCCACCUCGGCCCAUCACAUCGGAGCACAGAACGAGCAGUUCACAGUGCCCUACUCCAUCCCUCAAACCCUCACAGUGUCUCCGAGUCUGGGUGGGCAACCACUGUCACCAGAGCUGGCGGUGAGUAUAAGAAAUAUUUUAUUUGGGAACACGUUCCAUAUAUUCAACUAUGAGUGGAAGAAAUCAUUCUUCAAGUUCCGGGAGCCUUUCUCUGACAUGUCAUAUGCUCUGGAGACUGAGAGGGUGGGAGGAGCCUGUGCUAUUCAGAUGGUGGUUCAGGCUUAUAUUAUUAAAUAUUUGCUCUUCAACCGGCCAAUGAACUCAGAGUGCACAAUGCAAAGUAUGAUGACGGUAGGGGAGAAGGAGCAGAGGAAGGCGCUGGCAGCCGCUCUAACUGACAUCUUGUGGACAGCUGGUGAGGAGCAGACAGCCACCGUCUGCUUGGUCACGUCAGAGCGCUGUUUCACCCCCCACAUGGACUACAAACUGGACAACUUCACAGAGAGGUUGCAGCUUUUCACCUUUAAAAAGAAAGAUGAUGUUAAAUCAUUUAUAUGUGAGCACAUCCAAUGUUUUAAGGAUGAAGGAAGCCAUGGAACCAUACUUUUUCUGUAUAGUCUUAUCUUCUCCAGGACUAUUGACAGGAUGCGUGCAGACUUCGACUGUACGACCACUCAUCUUUUGCAUGUAAGCUUGGGGAACUUUGUUUGUCGACAGGCUUUAUUAAACCUGCUGUUGACGGGCCGUGCGACCCCUCAUGUCUUUAACGGUGCAUCACUGAACGAUGAGCAAGACGAAGCACUCGCCCAGCCUCUCCAUGGGGUCCUGACUCGCAGUCAUGUCGGAUAUCUGCUCUGGAACAGAGAACAAGUCCACCAUGCACAGCUCCCUCUGGUACUGCACCCAUCCUUAUUGGGCAGUAUGCUGAAAACCCCCAAGCUACCUAUCUGGGUGUGCAAUAUCAAUGGUACCUAUAGUGUUUUGUUCAGCCCAAACCGUUCGCUGCUCUCUGACUGGAAGAUGGAGCAUCUUUUCCACCUUUACUUCUACAAUGGCCAACCAACUCAGCUCAACACAACAAUGCUCACCAUAGAUACACACUCCCAUCACUGGGAGGCUGAAAAUAAUGAUAUUCAAGGAGACCCUGAAAAAAAGUUUCCAUCUGUAGAGAUGACCAUUAGGACCAAGUGGGAGGGUUCUGUUAUUGACUGGAAUGGGACAGUGCCUUUUUUCUGAAUAGGUUUAUAGCAGGUCACCUGAUGUGUAACAUACCACUCCUGGCCUGCAAUAAAGAAUUUUUAUUGGUUUUGAUUUGGGCUUAAUUUUUUACUUUAAUUUUGGCUUGUGAACCUUAAUAACAUUACCUUUUACAACCUGCCCAUUUGACCA